AUGAAUCUCUGCAUUUCUUCUCAGCAGUUCGAUCAAUUUAGAACUCCCAUUACCAUAAUAUUAUCUUCGGAUGCAAGGAGUAUUCUUCAAAGGCAUCCUGAGUCAAAACGACACAUAUCGCCAGGGGAAAACCCCAAGAAUCUCGAAGCCUUCUCCAAACCCCAAUCCAAGGAAAGAGAAAGGCACACAGGCAGCUCAAGAGAAAAUCUUAAAUAUGGUCCAGAUAUGACAAAGACUAAACUCAGAGACCUAGAUGGUCCUGUCAAACGCCCGUCCAGGGAGAGAUACGCAGACUAUCCCAGAAAUGAGCAUACAUCUGUAAAAACGCGACCCAGAAUCGUGGAUCUUAACAAGAAAAACACAAAAGUCCUAGGUGCAUCUUUGAAAGAUGAUAACAAAGAAAUGAUGAGGAUUGACGAGGAGCUCAGGCGAAACUUCGAUGAAGUACUACUCAAAUCAUCACAGAUAAAGUCAAACUUAGAACGGCAGAUUUUGACAACAGAGGAGCUGUUGUCUUUGAGAGAGGAGUCAGAGACGAGCUCUGGUGAUCUCCAUACUGAUCUAUUAAGGUAUAAACAGCAGCUUGAUAUUACUCAAAAGAAUCUCAAGAAAUUCAGAGAUAUUAAAUCGACUAUAGCCCCCUGA